CGUAGUGUUUGUGAUUGUGUUUUCACGAGGGACGGCCAACGGAGCCAAAAUGGCAUCCCUGGCAAAAGUCAUGAAUAUUUCGAGGGCGAUAAACAAUGUUUCGAAACUUUUUACAAACUUAACAAUAUCGCCAAAUAUUAAAUGCACGUCAGUACUGGUGUCGCAAUUAAGGGUACCUCGUUAUGGUUGCGCAUAUGUUCAUACUACACCAAGGCGAAGAGCUCUGAUGGAAUUCUUUGAUGAUGCAAAGAAUUGGGGCGAAUUCGACGUGAAAGUUGGACGAGCUUGGAGGAAGGAUGAAUUAAGAAUUAAAAGUAACGAGGAUCUCCACAAAUUAUGGUUUGUUCUACUGAAAGAACGCAACAUGCUUUUAACAAUGGAACAUGCUGCCAAGAAAGAUCUUGAGAUCUUACCAAACCCAGAACGAAAAUAUAAAGUUGAAGAAAGCAUGAGUAAUCUGGAAACAGUUGUCCGUGAAAGAAAUAAAGCUUACCAUCUCCUUGAAACUGGCGAGGACGGCGAGCGUCCUGGAAAAUUAGUUCACAAUCAACUAGGCAUGAUGUAUUAUUACCGUAUGUGUGAACACACCAUUCCCAAAUUUAUGAACAACAAAUGGAGACAAAAGUACAAGUUUGGGUAUAGCGGCAAUGCAGUUCACAAAUUCCGUAAACUUUACAGAGAAAAGUUAUGGAAUGAAAAACGCAAGGCUAGAAACCGCGACCGUAAUCAUGUAAUGCAUCUCAUGAAACGAUUCCCCAACUUGGAUCUAGAGGCUGUAAAAGAACAGUAUCCUGAUGUUGACAUCGAGAACCUUAAAUCGCAGAAAAAAGCACGGGGACACUUCGUGCCUCAGUAAUCGCGUAAUGGUGUAGAUAAUUUGGCAAUAUUAUUGUAAAUAAAAGUUUGGAAAUAAAUGGUCAUCCAGCGAA